GCAUCCGUUCUCAUCGUGACCUGAAAAGUCAUAGACAGAGAGAGAGAGACAUUAAAAUCUCGCUUUAUUUCGGUUUAAAAACGAUCCGCAAUUUUCGUUUCCCCACCCAUUGUACAAAUUCCCUCGGUCCAAUUUCCACACACUCGUAUGUACACUUCGCCAUACGUAACAUACGAAACAUAAACGAAACAGCUGUCGAAUCGGAGGGAACAAUGAGUGAAAAGAAUAUUUUUUAAAGUGUUAUCCGUUUGUUUUCUUUUCUCAAGUGGUGGACAAGGAAAAUAGAAAGGGAGAGGGUUGGACUUAAUUUAGAGAGGAUUCUUGAAGUUUAUUAGGUUGGAGAAUCGGCAGAGAGAAUGUUUGAAUUGGAUGUAUUUGUGUUUCUCUCAAUUCUUUUUGUUUUUCGAAGAAUUCUCUUUUUUUUUUCUUUUUGAGAAAACGGAUAAUUUUCUUUUUUUCGACAAAACGAAUAGAGCGGCGACAGGGGCGAAAACAUCCACGAGGCAGAGGACACAGAGCAAUAAUCAUAGCAACAUAAGCGAGCUUUUGGACAAUUUGCUUCGCGGUUACGACAACAGCGUGAGACCAGACUUCGGUGGUCCACCGGCCACGGUUGAGGUCGACAUCAUGGUGCGCAGUAUGGGUCCGAUUUCCGAAGUCGAUAUGACUUAUUCAAUGGAUUGUUACUUCCGGCAAUCGUGGGUGGAUCGACGUUUGGCUUUUCAAGGCGGUAAAGAAACUCUGGCGCUUAGUAUAUCGAUGCUGGCGAGGAUCUGGAAGCCGGAUACAUACUUUUACAACGGGAAGCACAGUUAUUUACACACUAUAACCAGUCCCAAUAAAUUCGUCAGACUUUAUCAAGAUGGUAGAGUGCUCUACAGUUCAAGACUCACGAUCAAGGCAGGAUGUCCAAUGAAUCUUGAAAAUUUUCCAAUGGAUACACAAAGAUGUCCACUACAAUUUGGUAGCUCAGAGAGAGAAAGAGAAAAAGAGAGCGAUUUAAAUCACAAAUACAUCUCUGGGGAGAAGUUUUCAUUGAAUAAGAAAGUCGGUUACACGAAGCGGGACGUGAUCUACAAGUGGAACAGCGCUCGACAAGUAGCAAUCGCCGAGGACAUGAAAUUAUCCCAAUUCGAUUUAGUUGCCAAUCCGACUGCAAAUUAUUCUGCAUCGACGACCCUUUCACACGCGGAAUAUUCGAUGUUGCUGGUAUAUUUUCAUCUGCAGAGGCAUAUGGGUAAUUUUCUUAUACAAGUAUAUGGACCUUGUGUUUUGCUAGUCGUCCUGUCUUGGGUUUCCUUCUGGUUAAAUCGAGAAGCUACUGCAGAUCGUGUAUCAUUAGGAAUAACAACUGUGUUAACGAUGACAUUUUUGGGAUUAGAGGCGCGAACCGAUCUGCCAAAAGUUCCUUACCCCACUGCCUUGGAUUUCUUCGUUUUCCUCUCGUUCGCCUUCAUUUUCGCCACCAUUAUACAAUUCGCAGUGGUCCAUUAUUUCACCAAGUACGGUUCUGGCGAGUGUUAUUUCAGUUCGGAUCUGAGCGAAAGUGAAACUUCCAGCGAUGAAGAGGAAGCGGAUACGCGGCCAUUGAAGAAAGAACCAAUUACCCAAUCGAACAAAAGAACUGCCGGAAACUUAGCAACUCGUGAACAUCCAAGUCGUAAUUUCACAAUGAGUGAAGACGGUAUGAUCGAGGUAAUACCGUUAUCAGCAAUUCCAGAACCGAGCAAAAAUCCUGCAAUGGGUCACUGGCAAAUGUCCUGCGUGGCCUGUAGUCCACCUCCUCGUCAAACUCCUCCAAGCAGAAAGGAAUCGGGUCGAAGACGACGCAGGAGGACUCCUAGAUACAAUUCUGUAUCAAAAAUCGAUCGAGCCAGCCGCAUCGUGUUCCCUCUAUUCUUCCUAGCGAUCAACGUAUUUUAUUGGUUUGCAUACUUGUCAAGAAGCGAGCGUAUCAAUUAUUACAACGUGAAUUCAAAUGGCACGUGAGACUGGUCGUUAAACGAAAUAUUGAAGAGAAAACACAUGUACGAACAUUCUCCGUGGAGUUACUUAUGAGGAAAUAAUGUUCGACCAAUCUAGAAAUAUUAUUUUGAGAGAUUAUUUGUGUAAUAAGAUUUACUUUUUCUUCGCGAAGUAGUCGAAUCACUUAACAAACAAAGAUAAUGAGAGCUUUGAACGAUUGAAUAAAUAUUGAAUAUUAUCGUUAUCAUUCAUAAAUUUAAUCGUAUUAAAUAAGAAGUGAAAAGAGAAUUGGAACUGUAAAUACUUUAAUAAAUCUAACGAGACAAAUAAAAAAAAAACCGAAGGAAAUAUUUG